AUGGGAGGGGUUGAUAAACACGACCAGAUGGUUAGUUAUUACCGGACUUUUUUAAAAUCCAAAAAAUGGACUCUCAGGGCAUUGUUCCACGUAUUUGACAUGACAGUCGUAAAUUGUUGGUUGGAGUAUAAGCAAGAUGCGGCCAACUUGGAUUUAAAAGAAAAAGAUAUUAUGGAUUUACUCGCAUUUAAACAGCGUUUGACGGAAAGUCUUAUGUUGGUUGAGGAAGAACUCAUAUCCAGUGUACAAAAUGUCGCGUCCAUCUUUGUUUUACAAAAAAAAACAAAUUGCUUUUUUGACUUUCAUCAAUAA